AUGGGAUUCUUUGGAAAGAAAGACCCUUCUGGUGAUGAGAUCAAGGAGGCUCCGAUAAUGAGCGAUCCAGAGAAACAGCAGCCGGUCCACCACGAUGACGCGCAAACGGCCCUUCCUCAGAUUCCUCCGGCAGUGAUCGCCGGGAUGGAGGAUGACCUGAACCUCACCGGAAAUCGCUAUUCCUGGCUCCUAACGAUCUUUUAUAUCUCAUAUGUCGUGUUCGAGUUUGGGGCCUUCAUGUGGAAGGUCAUGCCGCCCCACCAAUGGGCAGCCAUUACUGUCUUGUCCUGGGGUAUUGUGGCAACAUGUCAAGCCGCGGUCCAGAACUGGGAGGGACUCAUGGCUUUGCGGUUCCUUCUCGGCAUGUCAGAGGCUGCAUUUGGUCCCGGGACUCCUUAUCUACUGUCUUUUUUCUAUCGCCGUCAUGAGCUCGGCUUCCGUUGUGGGCUAUUUGUGUCAGCCGCCCCUCUGGCGAAUACAUUCGCUGGUGCUCUUGCGUAUGGCAUUACUUCGGGCCAUUCCAAGUUAGCAAACUGGAGAUUGCUAUUUCUUGUGGAGGGAAGCCCGUCAUUACUGGCUGCUAUCCUAGCCUGGCGAUUUCUACCCGAUAGCCCUUCGAAAGCCCGCUUUUUGACCGAAGAAGAAAAAGAGAUUGCGCGAGCAAGAAGUCUUCAGCAGAGUGGCGAACGCGAACGGUCGACUAAAAUAAAUUGGAAAGAGUUAGCCGAAACGCUAACGGAUGCUAAGGCAUGGCUGACCGCGUUGAUGUACUUCAGCUGCAACGUGAGCUUUUCUUCGCUUCCGGUAUUCCUUCCCACGAUCCUGAAGGACAUGGGGUUCACUUCGAUCAACGCCCAAGGGCUUACGGCUCCGCCCUACUUUGCUUCUUUCCUGGUCACAAUUGCCACCACCUGGAUUGCUGAUCGAUUGCAACAACGUGGCUUGAUGCUUGCGAUCCUGUCUCUAAUCGGAGCGGUUGGCUACGUUCUCCUUGCCGUCUGCACGUCAGUUGGCGCUCGUUACGCAGGCGUGUUCCUCGCUGCUAUCGGUGUUUUCCCUUGUAUCGCAAAUAUUCUCCCGUGGGCUCUUAAUAACCAAGGCUCGGAUUCACGACGUGGAAUGGGUAUUGUCAUCCUCAAUAUCAUCGGCCAAUGCGGGCCUUUUCUGGGAACAAACGUCUUCCCAGAAAGCGAUGGACCGCGCUACAUCCGCGGACAAUCCAUUUGUGCAGCCUUCAUGUUCUUCACCAUGAUACUGGCGCUCACUCUACGAACCCUUUUGGUAUGGGAGAACCGCCGCUUAGACAAGCAGUAUGGCACACAGGCCGAGAGGGAAGCGCGGGGAUGGAAUAAAGGGGAAAACGUCGCAGAAGAAAAUUAUGGUGCUGGAUUCCGUAAUGGAAUCCGCUUCUCCAUCACAGACAUUCCACCCCAUACAGCCCGGACAAUGCCCACAGUUUACCAAGACCGAGCUGGCAUUUCUCUAUACGAUGCUCAGUUCUCCGGUGGCUCGCGGGGUCCGAUCCCGCAGAACAUUAUAGAGCAGGUUGUGGACCGAUUAGUUCGGUUUCAGAUUACGUGUGAUGAUUUUGGAGUUCCUGCGCAGAAUAUCUAUGUGCUUGCUACGGAGGCGACGCGGACAGCGCCGAAUUCUGCGGAGUUUCGUGCUCGGAUCAAGGACCGGACGGGGUGGGAGGUGCGCCUGCUGUCUAAAGAGGAUGAGGGGAGGAUUGGGGCGCUGGGGAUCGCCAGCAGUACUUCCUCUGUAGCUGGGUUGGCUAUGGAUCUUGGUGGUGGCAGUACGCAGAUUACGUGGGUUGUUGAGAAGGAUGGUGUGGUUACUACCAGCCCGCGGGGAUCGUUCAGUUUCCCUUAUGGGGCGGCGGCGUUGACGAAGCGGUUGGAGCAGGCGAAGGCUGAAGGGAAGAAAGCGGAGAAGGCGCUGAAGCAGGAAAUGAUUAAGAACUUCCAGGAGGCGUAUCGGGCUCUUGAGGUUCCUGAGUUUCUGUUGGAGACGGCGAAGUCGCUGGGAAGGUUUGAUUUAUACCUCUGUGGAGGUGGGUUCAGGGGUUGGGGCUACGUGCUCAUGAAGCAGCAUAAGGUUGAUCCUUACCCGAUUCCUAUCAUUAAUGGGUUUCGAGUGAGCAGAGGGGACUUCCAUGAUACUGUUUCUGUGCUGGAUUCGGUCUCUGACUCUGAUGAGAAGAUAUUUGGUGUCUCGAAGCGACGGGCUUCACAGAUCCCUGCGGUGGCUGUCCUGGUCAAUGUGAUAAUGGAUGCCUUGCCGGAUAUCACGCAUAUUCAGUUCUGCCAGGGAGGUGUCCGAGAGGGUUUCCUCUUCGACCUGAUGCCCCAAGAGAUUCGCGCACAAGAUCCGCUUUUGGCGGCAAGCUUGCUAUAUGCGCCUCCAUCCAAUGCAGCAAUUAGAGGACUACUGACUGCUGCAUUGCCUUCGACACCUUCACCUAUAGAUUCUCGCCAUGCACCAGUUUCAUUCUCCCCUCAAUUACUUGGUGCGCUCGCAAACCUGCUCUUUGCCCAUUCCCGAGUGCCGCGCGAAUCGCGUUCGGCUGUUGCAUUGCAUAGUACUACGACGGGGAUCCUAGCUUCGGUGAAUACACUAUCACAUGUCGAACGUGCCCUGAUUGCCUUGAUACUCUGUGAGCGCUGGGCGGGGGACCUUGCACCCACGGAUGAAGUAUUUCACCGGCAAUUGAGCCGGUGUGUUUCCAAGCAAGAGGCAUGGUGGUGCCAGUACUUGGGUCGGGUAGCGACCCUAAUUGGAGACGUGCAUCCAUCCGGCCGCGUGUCAGACAUGCAUUGGAGAAUCCAACUGGAGACUGAAUGGGAAUCCAUUGUGAAGAAGAAAGAUGACUGCGAUAUGCUGCGUCUCAAAGUGAAAUGCAACAACGAUGUUGCUGUCGCCGCGUUCUCGCUUGACAGCUUGCGGGAAAGGGCGGAGAAAGUUGGAAAGAAAAAGAACUGGAUAAAAGAUUAUGGAGUGCGAGUGGGGGUAACGAUUUGCUAA